GACAAAGAUGGCGGCGGCAGUACUGGAACGUUUGGGUGCGUUAUGGAUGCAGAAUCUGAGGGGGAAGCUGACCUUGGGCAUUAUUUACAAUAGCGAAGAUAUGGAAGCAACCGAAGUGUCCAUUGAUGGAUGAAUGGAUGGAUAAGGAAGAUGUGGUCUAUAUAUACAAUGGAAUGUUGUUCAGCUGUAGGAAAGAAGGAAAUCUUGCCAUUUGUGAUGACAUGGAUGGACCUUGAGGACAUUAUGCUAAUGAAGCUUCUUUCAUCUCACAAUGUUUUACCCCAAUCACAUAUCCACACAAGUGCUUCUCUUGACAUUUCUCGAAAAUGGGAGAAGAAGAAUAAAAUUGUUUAUCCUCCACAACUUCCUGGAGAACCUCGGAGACCAGCAGAAAUCUACCAUUGUCGAAGGCAAAUAAAAUACAGCAAAGACAAGAUGUGGUAUUUGGCAAAAUUGAUACGAGGAAUGUCCAUUGACCAGGCUUUGGCUCAGUUGGAAUUCAGUGACAAAAAAGGGGCCCAAAUAGUUAGAGAGGUUCUCUUAGAAGCACAAGAUAUGGCAGUGAGAGACCACAAUGUGGAAUUCAGAUCCAAUUUAUAUAUAGCUGAGUCCACCUCAGGGCGAGGCCAGUACCUGAAACGCAUCCGAUACCACGGCAGAGGUCACUUUGGGAUCAUGGAGAAAGUUUAUUGCCAUUAUUUUGUGAAGUUGGUGGAAGGCCCCCCACCUCCACGUGAAGCACCAAAGACAGCAGUUACCCACGCCAAAGAGUAUAUUCAGGAGCUGCGAAACCGGACCAUCAUUCACACUCUAUGAUGGGGAAUUCAGACUCCACAGUGUAUAUAUUUUUCCAUUUAUUUCCUAAAAACAAACAAAAAUUAAAGACAAAUGCUUUUUAUGAUUUGACAUCAAAUUAUUGCAAUAUGAAGUAUAAUUGCUAGUUUUAUAUGAAUAUUUAUAAGGCUUUGUCCAUCUCUCUUGAGGCUUUGGAUAUAUGUAUGCAUUUGCAACUUGGAAGGGGAAAUCAGCUUUAAAUAUAGUGACAGACUGUAAUUCAGAAGGCUUUUUUGAGUGCCUUUUGAAGGGAACGUUAACUUUCCAACUAGUGUCCUGCAGGUGGCAGUUUUGAUACCGGACUUGAGUAGAACGUUAGAGGAGAAGAAAGCUUGUCUUUAUUUCCCUCGAUUUUCUCUUGGGCCCGGGGUGGUGAGCGUGGCUGCAUGUUGUUUCAUUGCAGUAUUUUAGAUUCUGUGAUUUUGUUUUUCCUUUCACUUUUGGCAUAGGCCAAUGGGUGAGGGAUUAUGUUUUCCUUUACCGUUUUAGCAGUAACUUGAAAUUACAGGAGUUUGUGAGAUGUGUUAAUCUAAAAUUCCAAAAGCCUUUUAACUUAGAAGUUUUCUUCUAGUUAAAUAAAGACUUUUCAUGUCUCCUUCCGA